AUGCCUCCCCUGGCCCACUGUCUCGGUUUCUUCCUCUUCCUCUCUAUCUCCCUCUUCUCCUCCGUCUCCUUCUCCCUCUCCCUCCCCCACGGCUCCCCCGCUGCCCACGCCUUGGCUGCCGGCCCGGCUCUCGAGGCUCGCGAUGUGAACUAUCAGCAUACCUAUCCGUGGUCGCUGCCAGCUCAAAGCCAGCCCGCCGGGCGUUGUCGCUGCUUCCCCGGCGACGCAUGUUGGCCAACCCCCGAGACGUGGUCGGCCUUCAACGCUACUAUCAAUGGGAAGCUGAUUGCAACCACGCCCAUUGCGGCCCCGUGUCACGAUACAUCGUUUGGGCCGUAUGAUCCCACGGUUUGUGCAUCUCUCCAAGCAGCAUGGUUCGGGCCCGAGCUUCACUAUGAAUCGCCGUCGUCGAUCAUGGCGCCGUACUUCACCAACAAUAGCUGCAAUCCCUUCCUUCCGAAGUCGGCGUCGUGCAUCGUCGGCUCAUAUGUGAGCUACUCGGUCAAUGUUAGUGAGCCGAUGGAUAUUGCCCGGACGAUACGGUUCGCAACGUACUUCAACAUCCGCAUCGUCAUUAAGAACACAGGCCAUGAUUAUAGCGGCAAGUCUUCGGGUGCCGGGGCCAUUGCCAUCUGGACCCACAACAUGAAGGACAUCAGCUUCGUUGACUACAAGUCAUCAAACUACACAGGCAAAGCCAUCAAAGCCGCCGCUGGCGUUUUAGUCAUUGAUGCCUUUAAAGCCGCGAGCGCUAAGGGCCUGGCUGUCGUGGGCGGCGAGUGCCCUACCGUCGGGUACUCGGGCGGCUAUACCCAGGGCGGCGGUCACUCGGCGUUGGCAUCCAAGUACGGUCUUGCCGCUGAUCAAGUUUUGGAAUGGGAGGUUGUCGACGGGCGCGGUCAACUGCUUUGUGCGAGCCCAACCGAGAAUGCAGACCUCUACUGGGCUCUUGCCGGCGGUGGCGGGGGCACGUUCGGGGUCGUCACCUCAAUGACCAGCAAAGCGCAUCCUGACAUUCCCGUCACGGGAGCCAGCCUCUCAUUUACUAACGACGGCGUCACUCAGGACCAGUAUUAUGAUGUGCUCUCGACCUUUCAGGCAUCGCUGCCUAAGAUCGUGGACGCUGGCGCAAUGGUCGUGUGGUUCUUUACUAAUACCUCUUUCUUCAUUGCUCCUCUGACGGCGCCAGGUCUGUCCACGGAGCAAGUCGCUCAACUUCUCUUACCUAUUACCAACAAACUUAGCGAACUUGGUAUCAACUAUCUUCAUAAUAUUCAGCAGUUCCCCGGUUACCUCCAACAGUUCAACGCUAUGUCGCAACCUUCACCCGUCGGAGUUGGCCAGUAUGGUGGUCGUUUCAUCCCACGCUCUGUAGUUGAAAAAAACAACGCCGGCCUGACGGCAGCGUACCGCUACAUUAACGAGCACGGCGGCCAAAUCGCAGGCAUUGGCCUGAGUGUGUCGAAGGCCGUUGCGGGCAAUGUCUGGAACUCGGUCCACCCGGGAUGGCGCGACGCGCUCAUUGAAACUGUGAUCCAAACGCCGUACGACUAUACCGUUCCACUUGCAGACAUGGUCGCCAGCCAGAGCGAGAUGACAAACGACCUCAUGCCUCAGCUGGCCCGGCUGACGCCAAACGGCGGAGCAUACCUCAGCGAAUCCGAUUUUCGGCAGCCAGAUUUCCAAUCGGUGUUUUACGGCACCAACUACGACCGACUGAAUGCGAUCAAGAACCGCUAUGACCCCUUCCACAUGUUCUACGCCGUAACCGCUGUCGGUAGCGAGUACUGGGUUCCCCAGCAAGACGGAAGGCUCUGUAAAGCUUGA